AUGAUCUCCCGCGCCACAUCGUCCUUCUUGCUGGCUGCACGCCCAGCUACUAGACGUGCCACCCAGACCGCCCGCUCCUCGCGCUCCUUGGUCCUACCUCCUGCCGUGCACUUGCAACCUGCGUAUGAGCGACCUUCGUUCGAGGAGCGCCUCCGGCCUCGUCCCACGCUCGUGAUCAACAGGCCCUCUGCACCCAAGGAAGAGCCUGAAGACGAUGAGUCUGAACUUGCCGACACUGAUUCGACAGAGGAAGAGGCGCAGUCGGCGUACGAUGAACGCACAGGCGAAAUCAACUGGGACUGCCCGUGCCUGGGCGGCAUGGCCGAUGGCCCCUGCGGCGAAGAGUUCAAGGCAGCUUUCAGCUGCUUUGUGUUUUCCGAGGCGGACCCGAAGGGCAUCGACUGUGUGGACAAGUUCAAGCUUAUGCAGGACUGCUUCCGCCAGCACCCUGAGGUGUAUGCGGACGAAAUCGCAGCUGACGAAGCCGCUGAGGCUGAGGUGGCAGCCGAGCAUGCGCGUGCGCCCGCUUCUGAUUCGAGCAACUAA